AUUUUGCUUUUGGCGGAAACUUGGUGCUGCGCAGAAUGUGACGAAAAUUCGUCCGAGAAGAUAGCACACUUUGUUACUUCUUCUUCUUAUCUUUAUGGCUGGUUAGUCUUCUGAUAGAUAAUCACCUUGUUAUUUAUAUCAUGAUCAUGGCAAACGUUUCUCUUGACAAAGAUAUGUUUUUUCGACGCAUGAAGCGUCUGUACGCCGCAUGGAAGGAUGGGGAAGUCGGCACGGAUGACAGUUUUGGUAAAAUGGACUGUCUCGUCUCCGCUGUCGGCUCCGACGAAGACAUCGUCUACAGCAAGUCCAUAGCAUUGCAAACAUGGCUGCUCAGCUAUGAACUUACGGAUACAAUAAUGAUUCUGGCAGAGGAGUCUAUUAAUUUCUUGGCCAGUAAAAAGAAGAUUGAAUUUCUGAGGAAAGUGGAAAAUCAUAAAACCGAAGAUACAGAAGUACCGCCUGUAAAGUUAUUUGUGAGAGACAGAAGUGAUGAAGACAAAGCAAACUUUGGAAAACUCAUUGAAGUGAUGAAACAAAGCAAAAAGGGCAAAACUUUGGGAGUGUUUUUGAAAGAAAAUUAUCCCAGUGCUUUUAUGGAUGCCUGGAGAGCUGCUUUAAAAAACGAAUUUUUUGAUACAAUUGAUGUAAGUGCUGCGGCUGCUUACGUUAUGUGUCCAAAAGAAGACAGCGAAAUAUUUACUAUAAAGAAAGCUUGUCUUGUAUCGGUAGAUGUUUUUACAAAAUAUCUGAAAGAUCAGAUAAUGGAGAUUAUAGAUUCAGAUAAGAAAGUUAAACAUUCAAAAUUGGCAGAAGGUGUAGAUACAGCCAUCACAAAUAAGAAAUAUGUAUCUGGCGUAGAUAUUACGCAAGUUGAUAUGUGUUACCCUGCCAUUAUACAAAGUGGUGGAAAUUAUUCGCUUAAGUUUAGUGCUGUUAGUGACAAAAAUACUACUCUUCACUUUGGUGUUAUUGUUUGUUCAUUGGGAGCACGUUAUAAAUCCUAUUGUUCAAAUAUAGUAAGAACUUUAUUGGUUAAUCCCACAAAGACCAUUGAGGAAAAUUACAAUUUUUUGCUACAACUUGAAGAGGAGAUUUUGAAAAAGUUAGUUGCAGGAACAAAAAUAAGUGAAGUAUACGAGGCUGGUAUUAAAUUUGUAAAAGAAGAGAAAUCAGAAAUGUUAAAUCAUUUGACCAAGAAUUUUGGAUUUGCUAUGGGCAUUGAAUUUAAAGAAAGUUCUUUACUCUUAGGCCCAAAAACUAAUGCAAUAGCUAAAAAGGGCAUGGUAUUCAAUGUGAAUGUCGGUCUUGCAAACCUUACUAAUCCAGAUGCAACAGACAAGGAAGGGAAAAUAUAUGCCCUUUUCAUAGGCGAUACAGUCAUGGUGAACGAAGGACAGCCUGCUACUAAUUUGACUCCAUCGAAAAAGAAAGUGAAAAAUAUAGGUAUAUAUGUGAAAGAUGAUGAAGAUGAAGAAGAAGAAGGAAGUGGAAAAGAAAACGAGCGAAAACCAGAAAUCCUGGGACGUGGAAAAAGAACAGCUGUAAUAGAAUCUAAAUUGAGAACAGAACAUAGUUCGGAAGAGAAGAGGAAGCAACAUCAAAAAGAGUUAGCUCAGCAAUUGAACGAAGUUGCUAAGGCUCGAUUGGCCCAGCAAUCUGGCGGCAAAGAACAAGAAAAAAUACGUAAAUCCACAGUAUCAUACAAAAGUUUGAGCCACAUGCCACGUGAACCAGAGGUCAAAGAGUUAAAGUUAUAUGUGGAUAAGAAGUAUGAGACUGUGAUUUUACCAAUUUCUGGUAUUCCAGUACCCUUCCACAUAUCGACAAUUAAAAACAUUUCACAGUCGGUAGAGGGAGAUUAUACGUAUCUUAGAAUAAACUUUUUUCAUCCCGGUGCAACAAUGGGACGAAACGAAGGUGGAUCUUAUCCUCAGCCCGAUGCAACAUUUGUUAAAGAAGUAACAUAUCGAAGCACAAAUACCAAAGAGCCCGGUGAGAUCUCCGCUCCAUCGUCAAAUUUAAAUACAGCCUUUAGACUAAUUAAAGAAGUUCAAAAGAAGUUCAAAAAUCGAGAAGCGGAAGAAAGAGAGAAGGAGGAUCUCGUAAAACAGGAUACUUUAGUAUUGUCACAGAAUAAAGGCAAUCCAAAGUUGAAAGAUCUGUACAUUCGACCAAAUAUUGUCACAAAGAGAAUGACGGGUGGUUUAGAAGCGCACACAAAUGGAUUUCGGUACACUUCGGUCCGCGGUGAUAAAGUGGACAUUCUUUAUAAUAAUAUUAAAAACGCCUUCUUCCAGCCAUGUGAUGGUGAAAUGAUUAUACUGCUUCAUUUCCAUUUAAAACAUGCUAUUAUGUUUGGCAAAAAGAAACAUGUAGAUGUACAAUUUUAUACCGAAGUUGGAGAAAUUACUACAGAUUUAGGUAAACAUCAACACAUGCAUGACCGCGACGAUCUUGCUGCUGAACAGUCGGAACGAGAAUUGAGACAUAAAUUAAAAACUGCUUUUAGGAGUUUCUGUGAAAAGGUUGAAGGAAUGAUAAAGCAAGAAAUUGAAUUUGAUACUCCAUUUCGGGACUUGGGCUUUCCUGGUGUACCAUAUAGAAGCACUGUCUUGCUUCAACCAACUAGCGGAUGUUUGGUUAAUCUCACAGAAUGGCCUCCAUUUGUCAUUACAUUAGAAGAUAUUGAAUUGGUUCAUUUUGAAAGAGUACAAUUCCAUUUGAAGAAUUUUGACAUGAUUUUUGUCUUCAAAGAUUAUCACAGAAAGAUAGCGAUGGUAAAUGCCAUUCCUAUGAAUAUGUUGGAUCAUGUCAAGGAAUGGUUAAAUUCAUGUGAUAUUCGGUAUUCGGAAGGUGUUCAAUCUCUAAAUUGGACAAAGAUUAUGAAGACUAUAACAGACGAUCUUGAAGGGUUCUUUGAUAGUGGAGGCUGGACCUUCUUAGAUCCUGAAAGUGAUGCAGAAAAUGAAGAAGCUGAAGAUGAAGAGGAGGAAGAAGAUGAUGCAUAUGAGGUGUGAGAUCUUUUAUGAAUUCUCUAAAAACGCAGAAACAAUAUAUAUACAUAUGACAGUGAAGAGGAAGAAUUAGGCAGUUCUGAGGAAUCGGGUAAAGAUUGGUCAGAUUUGGAACGAGAAGCGGCUGAAGAGGACAAGGAGAGAGGAGAUGAUCGUUACCGUGAUGAUUAUAGUUCCAGCAAGAAGAAGAAAUCGAAUCAAAGACAAUCUCCAUCUCCUUCAAAAGACAGGCAUAAGCACAAGAGUUCCACGAAUUCAAAGAGCAAAAGUUCGUCCAGCAGUAAGGAUAAACGAUCACCAGACAAACACAGCCCCAAGAAGAAUGACAAACAUGAUAAGCGUGAUAAAAGUAAGUCGCAUUCUUCAUCCAACAGUAAAAAACGCUCCCGCGAAGACAGUUCGGAAAGAAAUGAUAGGGCGUCUAAGAAAUCUAGAAAGUAAAUGCGAAGGAUCUGCGCACUGAAAAGGAAGCACACAGAAAAUCACAACAAAUACCAUGCUGAUUCUAAGUAACUCUCUUACUUAAGAUGUAGCAAUUAGCUAAUCCAUAAAAAUAGUACAUUUUCUUACAUUGAAUGAGCAGGAGUGAAUUAAUUAUGUAUGAUUAUUUAUGGCGCUGUAUGGUUAUUUCUUUUCCGAAUUCUCGAAUAUUUCAUUCUCGAAUAUUUAAGUUUUCGUAUAUAUUUAGUUUGCUUUAAUAUUCAAUAAAUUCGUACAUCAAUCUUAACAGUGAAUAUAUACAUUAAUAUCCUGCAAUCACGUUUUAAAUGUACAUGUAAAAAAAAUUUUAUAUGAAAAUAUGUUGGAAUGCAUAUAUAUUAAAUUUCAGUCCUGUUUAGUAUUUCUUCAAAAAAGUACAGAAAAGAGAAUUUGAUUACUUCCUUUUUUUAUUUUAUAAUUUUUGUGUUUUUGGUAAUUAAUGUAGUUUUUAAGAUUAAGUAUGUAUAUCUCAUUCCAUUCCUCAUUUGAUAAUGUAAGGAUCACUCUA